AUGAACAGUCAGUUAAGUAAUAUCCUUAUCAUGUUAGGGAUGAUGAUAAUUUCUCGUUUCUUAGAUUUCGAAAACAAAUUGAUCUUAAAUUCUGUCAGGUUCAUGUAUUUCACGUCCAUUCUUUCGAGUCUUUUAAUAUUACAAUUGACUAAAUGGAGGAUUCAAAAGGCUAAUAAUUUAACUGUAUUAAAAUACGUAUCAAAAGAUUCCAAUUCAUUAUUUGACAUGACAUCGAAUUAUGAAUUGGAAGGUUCUGCAGAAUUCAGCGGUAGCGGCGAAAGGUUACAUGUUAUUACGAUCAAAGACUAUGAUUUAACAGAAAUCAAUUCUGCUUUGAAAUCACUGUUUAACAAUUUAAUGAUCAUGUUAUUUAUGCAUUUCUAUCUCGGCUACACAAACCCACUUUUCAUGCAAUCCAUAUCACCAAUUAAAUCCACUUUAGAAAAUAAAGUUGUUAAGAUUAUGUUUUUCAACCAUAAUGAUACUGGAUAUCUAAAGAGACCAUUUAAAACUGAACCAAUGUUUGGUAGUGACAGGUCCAAGAAUAAAAACUCAAUGAUGAAUAUGAUAUCCGAUGGGGAUAUAAAAACUGACAAGAAGACUAUUGAAACCUUUGAAAAGGCUGGUAACGGUGGUAUCAAAUAUGAUUAG